AGUCUUCCCGACAAACUCAGACUUAUAAGUUGGGAUAGAUGUCCAUUGAGAUUUUGGCCUUCCAAGUUCUCUGGCAAGUUUCUUGUCGAACUAAUCAUGCCACAUAGCAAAUUUGAGAAGCUCUGGGAGGGAAUCAAACCUCUCCAUUGCCUCAAGCUGAUGGAUUUGAGUUACUCCAAGUCUCUGAAAAAGAUUCCAGAUCUCUCAAAAGCAACUAGUCUCGAGGAAUUAAAUCUCAGUUACUGCAAAAGUUUGUUAGAGCUCACAAGCUCUAUUGGCAAUGCCACUAAGCUUACAAUCUUCUACCUUAGGGGUUGUUUGCUUUUGAAGGAGCUCCCCUCUUCUAUCGGCAGGUUAAUCAAUAUAGUGAAAUUAGAUCUGAGAGAUACUGCGAUAGAGAAAAUGCCAUCAUCAUUCAGCACUUGGUCUUGGCUUUAUCGAUUGGAUAUUACAGGGUGUACAAACAUCAUCGACUUCCCAGAUGUUCCUGACAGCAUUGUAGAGUUGGUGUUGAGCUGUACAGGGAUAGAGGAGGUUCCUCCAUUGAUUGUGAAUCUAUUUCGUCUGCGUAAACUAUUUAUGUAUGGGUGCAAGAAGCUGAAAUCUAUAUCUCCAAACAUUUCUAAGCUGGAGAAUCUUGAGUUACUUGCUCUGUGUAACCGUGUUGGGAAUUACGAUCAGACUUCAAGGUUCACUACAUUUUUCCGAUAUGUCUACCGGAGAAGGCUCUUUCAUCUCCAAUAUCAUUAAGAUUAGCCGGUGAUAGUGUGGAGACUAUUCCAGAUUGCAUCAUAAGUCUCUCGGGGCUAAUUAAGCUCAACGUCAUAGCAUGCAAAAAGCUUGUAGCACUUCCACAGCUCCCAGGUUCCCUUUUAUCUAUAGAUGCAGGAGAUUGUGAAUCCUUGAAGAGAAUAGACUCUUCUUUUCAAAAUCCAAAUAUUUUCCUAAACUUUUCUAACUGCUUUAACCUGAA